AUGGACUCUCCAGUGAAGGCUCAGAAGGUGAGGACAGCUGUAGCACCACCAGUGGCCCCUGAUGGUGGCUAUGCCUGGUUCAUCAUGCUCUCCUGUUUCCUGGUCUUUGGCCUGACGUUUGGGGUCAUUAAGGCCUUUGGUGUAUUCUAUGUUGAGAUACACGAAUACUUUGGGACAACAGCAACAGAGACAUCUUGGAUUACCUCUAUUGCGGUGGCUACCAUUCACGUUGUGGCUCCCAUUGCAUCUGCUCUGAGUGCUUUCUACAGCCAUCGCUUUGUCGUGAUAACAGGAGGACUGAUAUGCAGCUUAGGAGUUGUGUUUGGGGCUUUUGCCCGUAACCUAAUUGAACUCUACUUAACAGUGGGGUUCCUAAAUGGUUUUGGCUAUGCAUUGACAUGGACCCCCACAGUGACUAUGCUCGGCUUGUAUUUUGAGAAGAGGCGUCCGGUGGCAAAUGCUUUGGCCAGCGCUGGAGAGUGCAUCCUUACGUUUGUAUUCACACCCCUGUUCCAGCUGUUGAUUGACAGUUACUCCUGGAGGGGUGCUUUGCUAAUCCUUGGGGGUCUGCAGCUUAACCUGUGUGUGUGUGGGAUGCUGCUGAGGCCCCUAAAAUCCACCAACAUGACAUGUGAGGUCAAAGCAGAGGAAGAGGGCUUGUCCCUGGAAUUGGUGCCAAAAGACUCAAACAACAGGACUAAGAGGCCUGAACUAAGGACCAAAAUCCUUCACUACGUAGAUUAUACCCUCAUCACCAAUGCACACUUCAUGGUCUACACAAUGUUUGGGGUGUUUGCUGCACUGGGUUUCUUUGCCCCAGCUCUCUUCCUGGUUCCAUAUGCUCGUAGUAAAGGGAUUGAGGAGUACCAACAGCUGGCAGCUACAGUGAUUCUCCUGGGCACUGUGUUACUCCUCUGCCCACUAGCUUCGUCGUUCUCAGAGCUGGCUACUUUCAGCGCAGCUUACGGCCUGGUAUUCGGUGCCACAGUCUCCAUCCACAUCACAGUGCUGGCUGAGGUUGUGGGCGUCCACAGGCUUGGAAGUGCAUUGGGGUUCUUCAUGCUAAUACGCAGUACCGGAGGCCUGUUUGGACCACCCAUUGCUGGGUUCUUCAUAGACAGGAUGAGUGAUUACGGAGCGGGUUUCCUCAUGGCAGGAGUGUCUCUCAUCAUGUCUGCGAUGUUCCUGCUCCUCCUCCAUCAAAUGAACCACAGGGCCAGGGGUCAACUACCGAAAUAUGCGAAAUGA